CAACUCUGAUCAAAGCUGACACACACACAGUCAGAGGGUCUUCAGACCCCACCAGGAGCAUUGAAAAGGUCCGACUGCAGCAGAGCAACAUUCAGGAAGAAGCACAGGAACCAUGAGGAGGAUCAGUCUGAUCACCUGUCUGCUCUGUGUGGCUGCAGCUCAGACCGUGGUGGACCCCAGAGGAGCCCGCCCGGUGGUCCACGGAACCAGAGAUGAUAAAUGUGCCACUCAGAGAGAGUGGCCUUUCUGCUCCGAUGAUGACUGGAGCUCUAAAUGCCCGUCGGGCUGCAGGAUCCAGGGUCUGAUGGAUAAAAACGACCACGAUCUGCUGAAGAAGAUCGAGAAGAUCCGCAGCCUGCUGGACCAGAACAAGGCCAAGCACCGGUCCACGGACCAGGUGUCCCGACAGACCUACGACUACCUGAGGGAGAAACUCACCCUCGACUCUGGAAACGACAACACCUACUACGACCUGGCCCAGAAUCUGCGUCARAGUAUCACAGAAAUGAAGAUCCGGAUCGACAGGCAGAUGAAGGUCCUGUUGGCCCUGAAGGAUCGGGUCAAAAGCCAGGUCACUGACAUGCAGAGGCUGGAGACUGAUAUUGACAUCAAGAUUCGCUCCUGCAAAGGAUCCUGCAGCGGUCACAUCCAGUACCAGGUGGACAAGGACAGCUACGUGACUCUGGACAAACAGGUGCAGCAGCUGGAGACCAGCUCAGCCCAGAACAUCGAGACGGUCGGGACUCUGUACGUGAUGAAGAGCAGGAAACUGAAGGAUGCAGUUGUAGACUCCAUUUAUAAAUCUAAAGAUGUGGCGGCUCAGCAGAAGGAGGACCUGUUUCCUCAGGUGAACACGGUUCAGUUCGUCCUGGAGGAGGAAGGCUCCAGCUCCUCCCCAGCAACCAUAUCUAAGGUCCCAGGUACUACUUCCCACGUGUCGUCCACACCCCCUCCUCUCUCCCCUUCCUCAGGCUCAUCUAAAUCCAUCACCGAGCUCGGAGGAUCUGACAAUUUCGGGUUUGGGGGGUUUGAUCUGGGCCAGCCCAGCACAAGCCACGUGUCCACUAAAUCUGUCUCCUGCACCAAGACCAUCAAGAGGAAAGUGGUCCAAACAAAGGACGGUCCAGUGGAAACGGUAGAGGAAGUGUACAGUGGAGGGCCCGAGUGUCAGAGGACGACUGAYCUCUCCAAGGGAGGGAUGAGCUCUUUGUUCCCAACACUCACCCAUGCAUCCUCCUCCCCAUCUUCCUCGAGUUUUACCAAAACCCUCAGCUCUGGUGGCACAAAGGGAAGCCUGUUGGGAGACUCUAAAACUGGGUUCAUGGACCCCUUUGGCACUGGUCUUGACCUUGGAGGGUUCUUGACCGAUGAUGCAGAGGACGACGUCCCUGAUUUCCACGCACGGAGCGUGAAGAGCACGACUGUUGAGCGGCAGGAUGAUUAUGUAGGAAAAGAUUGUGUCGACAUCUUCCAGAAGCACCGGAGAGGGGAAACAAAUGGCCUGUUUAAAAUCAAACCUGGCGACUCGGACUCCACAGCCGCAGUGGGGGUGUACUGCCAGCAGGAGGGGCUCAUGGGUGGGUGGUUGUUAGUCCAGCAGAGGGACGGCGGUUCAGUCAGCUUCAACCGCACCUGGGCCGAGUACCGCGACGGGUUCGGCUCGGUUAGCGAUAAAGGGGAGGGGGAGUUUUGGCUGGGCAACCAAAACCUCCAUCUAUUGACCAAUCAGAGCGAGACCAUGCUGAAGGUGGAGCUGGAGGACUGGGAGGGGGGCGUGGCUACUGCUGAAUAUAUGAUUAGGGUGGGCACGGAGGAGGAGGGGUACCCGCUGCACGUGUCGGGGUACACCGGAGAUGCCGGUGAUGCUCUGACGAUGCCCGGAAAGACGGCUGACAUGUCCCACAACGGCAAAAAGUUCAGCACAUUUGACAAGGACAACGACGAGUGGUCGAGGAACUGUGCCRAAGAUUUCGGGGGUGGGUGGUGGUAUCAUAGCUGCCAGUCGGCUAACCUUAACGGGAUUUAUCACAAAGGUYCAUACGACCCAACAACAAGCACGCUCUUUCAAACUGAGAACGGAAUUGUGUGGGUGACUUACAAACCGAUGACCUACAGCCUGAAAAUUGUUCGGAUGUUCAUCCGGCCCGCUACUUUUUAAAUAAUUAAACAAAAACUAUAAAAUCAAAGGUGACCCUUGACUUAGCUGCUUGGAAAUCUUUCUGGGAUUUCAAAAUUAUUUCAAACAGUCUUGUGUAUUUGUGCUGACUGAUAUAUUUUACCACAUUGUGUAAACUCCAUCGACCUGUUUGUUGCAUUAAAAGUCCAAUGUCCUCUCUGUCAUGUUCUUUAACUCAGUAAAGAUCAACAUGAACUCUGGUCAAUAAAUAAAGAUUCUGUCUUCACCUCA